CCCACCUCGUCGCGUCGCAAGUCGGCACGGCAAGAAAAAGGGCAAAAGAAAGAAAAAAAAAAAACCAAGAACAAUGGUUUCCCCUGGCCUCACCUGGCGUGAUCCAUCGCGGCCGCGAAUAAAACGGAGCAGGUCCCGCCGAAGUGACACCGCCACGCGGAAAAAGAAAGGGACGAGACGAAUCGAUCGAACCGGAUCGCCAGUUCGCCACGCCACCCCGGCCGCGGCGGAGCUCUCCGGCGAGUGAAGCCAUUAGCGUCCUCCCUCCCUUCAUCGAUCUGCCCGUGGAUCUCGGCGCCGGCACGGCGUCAGUAGUGCGACCGUGGCCAGUCAUUCAUCGUGCCUUGCUGGCUCUGCUUGGUGAUCGAUCGAUGCACACGGCGCCGGAGAUGGGCGGAGGCCGGACGCGAAGGAGGAGGCCACCGGCGGCGGCGGCGCAGCAGCACGGCGCGAGGGCUCCGAGGGGCGAGAGAGUGAUGGCGAGACCCAGCUGGGAGAUGCCGGCGACGAAUUCGGCGUCGUCCAAUGCAGCCGCAGCGGCCCAGGUGAUCACGAACAGGAGCCAGUCCAGGAGAGACAGGAAAAUUGCGCUGCAGCAAGACGUGGAGAAGCUGAGGAAGAAGCUGCGGCACGAGGAGAACGUCCACCGAGCCCUGGAGCGCGCGUUCACGAGGCCGCUCGGCGCUCUCCCUCGCCUUCCACCUUACCUGCCUUCUCAGACGCUGGAGCUCCUCGCCGAAGUCGCGGUCUUGGAGGAGGAGGUCGUCCGGCUCGAAGAGAAGGUCGUCAACUUCAGGCAAGGCCUCUACGAGGAGGCUGUCAUCAUCUCCAUGGCGAAGAGCGCGUACCUUUCCGACGUCGACCGGUGCACGCCGUCACGCCAUGGCCAAGUUUCCGACCAAGCUGCUAGUGAUAGCUGGUCAUCUCUGAAGCGAGUCACCAAUGUCAAGCAGACGCCAAGAAGACCUCGUCCUUCUCUGAACCAAGAUGAUCGUCCUGGGAAGGAGAACCAAUCGUGUACCACAAACUAUUUCAGAGAUUUCAGCCGCUCGCCAAAAUGCAGUGUGGCAGUAGAGGAGAAAUGUGCUGGUUUUCAGACAGUUAGUACAGUGAAAGAUCACAAAGGUACUGAGGACAGCACUGUCAUUGAUUCAGAAAACAUCUCGACAGAAGCAAACAAAGUGUCUGAAGAGCUAUUGACGUGCCUGCUGAACAUCUUCUCACAGAUGAGGUCCUCCACUGACCAGGACGAGGACCGAUCAUCGUCUCCGUCGGUUUCAGGCGCCUGCGCCGGCGACCCUUACGGCGUCAUGGAGUUGGGUGGCAGGGACAUUGGCCCCUACAAGCAAUUCAGAGCUGUUGAUGCCAAUUCAUUCGAUCAGAACGUUUUUUACAGCAGCAACACAUUUCUUGGCAGGAGAUUGAAGGCCUUGCUCCGGAAGCUCUCCUCAGUUGACCUAGUGGGCCUUUCCCAUCAGCAGAAGCUGGCUUUCUGGAUCAACACCUACAAUUCCUGCAUGAUGAAUGCAUUUCUUGAGCAUGGAGCACCUACCACCCCACAUAUGCUGGUGGCAAUGAUGCCCAAGGCGACAAUCAACGUGGGUGGGCGCGUGCUGAGCGCCAUGACGAUCGAGCACUUCAUCCUAAGGCUGCCCUACAAUGCAAAGCAUGUGAACCCCAAGCGGGUGAAAGCCGGCGAUGGCACGGUGGCGGCGGCGGCGGCGGUGGCGCGAGGAGUGUUUGGGCUCGACUGGCCUGAGCCGUCGGUGACGUUCGCGCUGUCCUGCGGGAGCUGGUCUUCGCCGGCGGUGAGGGUCUACACGGCUCGUCGCGUGGAUGAAGAGCUGGAGGCAGCCAAGAGGGACUACCUGCAGGCCGCCGUCGGCGUCUCGACGGCGAGCAGGCUGUCGAUCCCGAAGCUUCUGCACUGGUACCUUCUGGACUUCGCCAAGGACGUGAGCUCACUCGUGGACUGGGUGUGCCUGCAGCUGCCCGGCGAGCUGCAGCGGCACGCCGUCGAGGCCAGUCGCCGGAGCCCGUCGCCGCGGCCUGUUCAGGUCGCGCCGUACGAGUUCAGGUUCAGGUAUCUGCUGGCCGCGUAGUAAGGCCAAGCACCAUGU